CGGAGGGAGGCGGCGGCGGCGGCGGCGGCGGCGGGGCUGCUGGAGGCGGAGAGGCGCGGAGGAGCGCGGGGCCACCGCACGGCCGCCCGGAGAAAAUUCUGGACUUCUGAGAGGAACUGCUGAGUGGUUCUAGAAGACGGUGAUUCCCGUGGUAACUGGGGAAGAUGGAAACAGUUAAAGAGGUCGUUGAGGUUGAGCAGGAAGGACAUUCCUGCUAGCUACAGUUCUAAGUGGAAGGGACACCCCGAUGGUUAACAGUCGUGAACUGACCUAGGCUGCGAAGGCACCUCAGGUUUGCAUUCGAAACGAAACACAAACAAAGUCCUACCACCACCACUACCAGAUUUGUAAGACUCCAGGGCCUUCAAGCUGUGAUUAAUGAGAUGGUUCCUGAAAUGACUGGGAAAGCAGGCACUAUGUGUAUCAGUUGAAGAGUGUACAUCUCUGUAUAUUUAAAACCGUCUUUAUACACAUACACAUUUACGCAAGAAGACAGGCUCACUUGGUGCACACUUGAAGAGUUUUACAUCUGAUGAAAAUUAAUUUAAGACUCAGAUGGAGCAACUUGACACCACUGGGCUCAGGAGCCCAGGGAGAAAAAUACAUCACUAAUGGCCAAUUUUCCAUAUGGUCUUCACGGGUAAAGAAAGUUUGCAAAAGAAGAAGAAAAAACUUGCACAGAUCAAGCCUCAAAAAUACCUCUCCAGUUUAAAGAAGAGCUAAGUAAGACAGUGACUGAGGGAGAAGUGUGAUUUCAAGCAUUGCAGGUGGGAUCAGGCAGUGUUUUUUGCACUUUAUUUUUCAGUAGGUUUGAUAAUUUGGACAGACUUUAAAAUUCUGGACUGUCAGUAACUCAUACUGUGUGGCUAUGACUGGAGCAAAGCCAGUACGUGUUUGAUGGAACAAGUGUGAACAAUGAACUGAGUCUUUUGCCUUUGUCAGUUGACUGUACUCGAGAAAUUUUAAUUUAUGAUUUUCCUUUUCCUUUUCUGUAUCUAUAGGAUAAUAUCUUAAGGUAGCAAUUGAAACCGAUAAUUACAAAAUAAAUCCCAAGGAACAAGCAAAGCUUCCUUGCUUUGGACUGUACUUGUGGUGUUUGGAAACAUUCUCUGAAUGUGAACUUCAGGAAAGGGCCCACGAGCAAAGCGUGGUAACUCUUUAGGGAAACAGUGGGGAAGAACCCCACCUUGCCUGUGUUUUCGUUUGAAGGGAAUCGCUUUUCUGUUGAGUGAGUCCAAGAAGACUUGCAUAUAAGAGGAGGAUUACUUGAUGGACUUAAUUCUGAGAUUAGUUUUCUUUCUUCAAGAUGAAAAAAUAUGUGAUCUUUAGGAGCAGAGAGGGGAGAAUUGAUUAGGUGAGGAGGAAGGAGACGGGGGCGAAAGAGACUGAGUCCUGCAGUGAGGCUCCGUUUGGUCAGCAAGAGGAUUUGGGACUCACCCGAGGCAACCCUCGGACCACUUCCGGAGCUUCAGAACAUUCUGGCUCUGCUGAGUGCAGGAGCUUUCUCCUGAUGCCUGUAUGGCACUGAGCGUUGUGUGGGCCUGCGUGCGGACGGGCAUGAGAUGGAGCCCAGCACUCCCCCGGGACACAGCCACCUGCCAGGAAACCGGGGUAGGCUCUGAGCUGGGACGGUUUUGGUUCUGAACAGUGGGAAAGAGUCUUCGUUUCUUCCUACACUCGGACUGCUGUCUGCACAAACUCUGGUCGUUUUGCACGGUUUGUGUGCCUUUUUUUCCCUUUAUGCAAUCUUUUUCAGCUUUAGCAGCAGAAAUUUGUCUAGUUGAGAAAACACGCCAGAGGGCAGCUUCAGAAGGAGGAUGAUCCCCUGUGUUCUGUCUCUGCAUCAGAACUUUUGAAGAGAAAAAUUCCAGCUCGAGGGAUUCUUUUAAAGCCUUAAGUUACUUGAAAUCUAUGUAUUUGCAACCCUUGGUCUCUGGAAUCAUUACACUAAACUGGAAUCUCAGGCUGAAUGAGAAUAACCAAGUUGAGUAAAAAGAAGAAAACUCAGUUUCUUGAUCACCAUGUAUUAACGCUCUUUCUCCAAAGGGUCAACCUGCUCUUCCUCUAAGGACUUGAAAAUAAAAAUGGACCCCACGUUUUUUUAAGCAUUACCUUUUCUUAGCAGACUGCCAUCAUCUUUUAUAGAGGAAUUUUUUCACUAUGCAUUUGGUGGAUCUUUAUACAAUACGAACCUUCUAAUUAGAUCCAGGUCAAUCUUAAUUAAAGGGAGUCGGGGAAAACAACGCAAACCAACAACGAAAAUAGAAUAAAUCAAUGAAAGGAAUUGGUUUAAAUUUUUCGGCUUUGAGCAUUACUUUGUAAGUAAAACAGUUCACUGACAGGAAGUAUGUAUGCAGCGGUGGAACAGGGGCCCGUCCUUUGCAGCGACUCCAAUAUCCUCUGCCUGUCCUGGAAGGGGCGCGUCCCCAAGAGCGAGAAGGAGAAGCCCGUGUGCAGGAGGCGCUACUACGAGGAGGGCUGGCUGGCCACGGGCAACGGCCGGGGCGUCGUCGGGGUGACCUUCACCUCAAGCCAUUGUCGCCGGGACAGGAACACUCCCCAGAGAAUCAACUUCAACCUGCGGGGCCACAACAGCGAGGUUGUGCUGGUGAGGUGGAAUGAGCCGUACCAGAAGCUGGCCACGUGUGAUGCGGAUGGAGGGAUAUUUGUGUGGAUUCAGUAUGAAGGAAGAUGGUCCGUGGAACUGGUCAACGACCGAGGGGCUCAGGUGAGUGAUUUCACAUGGAGCCACGAUGGGACUCAAGCACUUAUUUCUUAUCGAGAUGGGUUUGUCCUGGUCGGCUCUGUCAGUGGACAAAGACACUGGUCAUCUGAGAUCAACUUGGAAAGUCAAAUCACGUGUGGCAUAUGGACUCCUGAUGACCAACAGGUGCUGUUUGGCACGGCGGACGGGCAGGUGAUCGUCAUGGACUGUCACGGCAGGAUGCUGGCCCACGUUCUCCUGCACGAGUCGGACGGCAUCCUCAGCAUGUCCUGGAACUGCCCCGCCUUCCUGGUGGAGGACAGCAGCGAGAGCGACAGCGACUCCGACGAGUACUGCCCCCCACAAGAUGGUCCAGCAGCGUAUCCCAUCCCGGUGCAGAGCAUCAAGCCGCUGCUCACGGUCAGCUUCACCUCGGGGGACAUCAGCUUAAUGAGCAACUACGAUGACUUGUCGCCUACUGUCAUCCGCUCAGGGCUGAAAGAGGUGGUGGCCCAGUGGUGCACGCAGGGAGACCUCCUGGCAGUUGCUGGUAUGGAUCGGCAAACCCAGCUUGGUGACCUUCCCAAUGGCCCUCUCCUGAAGAGCGCCAUGGUCAAGUUCUACAAUGUUCGUGGGGAGCACAUCUUCACACUGGACACACUUGUGCAACGUCCCAUCAUCUCCAUCUGCUGGGGCCACCGGGACUCCAGGCUGCUGAUGGCGUCAGGCCCGGCCCUGUAUGUGGUCCGAGUGGAGCACCGGGUGUCCAGCCUGCAGCUGCUCUGCCAGCAGGCGAUUGCCAGUGCCCUGCGAGAAGACAAGGACGUCAGCAAGCUGAGCCUGCCCCCUCGCCUCUGCUCCUACCUCUCCACUGCCUUCAUCCCCACCAUCAAGCCCCCCAUUCCAGACCCCAACAACAUGCGAGACUUUGUCAGCUAUCCCUCGGCUGGCAACGAGCGUCUGCACUGCACCAUGAAGCGCACGGAGGAUGACCCGGAGGUGGGCGGCCCUUGCUACACUCUCUACCUGGAGUACCUGGGCGGGCUCGUGCCCAUCCUCAAGGGACGGCGUGUCAGCAAGCUGCGGCCCGAGUUCGUCAUCAUGGACCCGCGCACGGACAGCAAAGCAGAUGAGAUCUAUGGAAACAGCUUGAUUUCUACUGUGAUCGACAGCUGCAACUGCUCAGACUCCAGUGACAUCGAACUGAGUGACGACUGGGCCGCCAAGAAAUCGCCCAAAGUCUCCCGAGCUAGCAAGUCACCCAAACUCCCAAGAAUCAACAUCGAGGCUCGGAAGUCUCCCAAGCUGUCCCGGGCUGCUCAGGAGAUGUCCAGGUCCCCUCGGUUGCCGAUGCGCAAGCCGUCCAUCGGCUCGCCCAGCCUAACGCGAAGAGAGUUUCCCUUUGAAGACAUCACUCAGCACAACUAUCUUGCUCAGGUCACGUCUAAUAUCUGGGGAACCAAAUUUAAGAUUGUGGGCUUGGCUGCUUUCCUGCCAACCAACCUUGGUGCAGUAAUCUACAAAACCAGCCUCCUGCAUCUCCAGCCGCGGCAGAUGACCAUCUAUCUCCCAGAGGUUCGGAAGAUUUCCAUGGACUACGUUACCUUACCCGUCUUCAACCCGAAUGUUUUCAGUGAAGACGAAGAUGAUUUACCAGUGACGGGAGCAUCUGGCGUCCCUGAGAACAACCCACCCUGCACCGUGAACAUCCCCAUCGCGCCCAUCCACAGCUCCGCGCAAGCUAUGUCCCCCACGCAGAGCAUCGGCCUGGUGCAGUCGCUGCUGGCCAAUCAGAACGUGCAGCUGGACGUCCUGACCAAUCAGACCACAGCCGUGGGGGCAGCUGAGCACACAAGUGACAGCGCCACCCAGUACCCCAUCUCCAACCGCUACUCCAGCCCUGGACAGGUGAUCUUCGGAGGCGUGGAGAUGGGCCGUCUUAUCCCCAACCCCCCGCAGCUGGCCCUGCCGCCGCCGGCUCAGGGGGCGCUCCAGCUGGCGGCGGUGGACCACGGAGACCGCGAGCACGACCACCUGCAGAAGCCAGCCAAGGCGCUGCGGCCCGCGCCGCCACUGACCACGGAGGGGGACGCCGUGGUGUUCGGCGCCACCCAGGAGGUCCAGGCGGCGAAGCUGAACCCUCCACCCCCUUACCCAGGAACCAUCCCCGCCGCCCCCACCACGGCAGCGCCUCCGCCCCCGCUGCUGCCCCCGCAGCCCCCAGUGGAUGUGUGCUUGAAGAAGGGCGACUUCUCGCUGUACCCCACGGCUGCGCAUCACCAGCCACCGCUGGGCUACGAGAGGAUCACCACCUUCGACAGCAGCGGCAACGUGGAGGAGGUGUGCCGGCCGCGGACGCGGAUGCUCUGCUCCCAGAACACCUACCCGCUCCCUGGCCCGGGCAGCUCGGCCACCCUGAGGCUCACCGCCACCGAGAAGAAGGUGCCCCAGCCCUGCACCAGCGCGACCCUGAACCGCCUGACGGUCCCGCGCUACUCAAUCCCCACAGGGGACCCGCCACCCUAUCCUGACCUGGGUGGCCCGCUGGGCCCGGGCCGAGGCGCGUCCCCGCGGCUGGACAGCGGCCUCAUCCACGCCACGCUGCGCAGGAACAACCGCGAGGUGGCGCUCAAGGCGGCGGCGCUGGCCGAGCCCCCGCGGGCCCCACCGCAGCACCCACCCUUGCAGCACCCACCCUUGCAGCACCCACCCCUGCAGCACCCGCCCCUGCAGCACCCUGCCAAGCCCAAGGGUGCCGCGCAGUUUGCCGCGCGGCCCCCGGGCUCCCUGUACACCUGCAGCCAGUGCAGUGGCGGGGGCGCGGCCGGGAGGCCCGAGCCGGGCGCGGGGGGCGCGCAGGCAGCCAGCACCUCCCCGCUGGCCUCCCAGUCCUCGUACAGCCUCCUGAGCCCGCCCGACAGCGCCCGCGAGCGCACCGACUACGUCAACUCGGCCUUCACCGAGGAUGAGGCGCUGGCCCAGCACUGUCCUGGGGAGAAGCCCCUGAGGCACCCCUCGCUGCCCGAAGCUGCCCUGGCCGUGAAACGGCCGCCCCCUUACCAGUGGGACCCUGUGCUGGGGGAGGACAUCUGGGUGCCUCAGGAAAGGACAGCACAGACUGCAGUGCCCAAUCCUCUGAAACUGUCCCCUCUGAUGGUAGGUCAGAGCCAGCACCUGGACGUGUCCCGAGUGCCCUUUGUCUCCCCCAAGUCUCCCGCCAGCCCUACUGCCACUUUCCAAACAGGCUAUGGGAUGGGAGUGCCAUAUCCAGGAAGCUAUAACACCCCUCCUUUGCCGGGAGUGCAGGCUCCCUGCUCCCCAAAAAACACCCUGUCCCCAACCCAGUUUGCACAACAGGAGCCCACGGUGGUCCUGCAGCCGGCCUACACCCCCAGCCUCUCCUACUGCACCUUGCCCCCCAUGUAUCCCGGAAGCAGCACGUGCUCGAGUUUACAGCUGCCACCCAUCGCCUUGCACCCCUGGAAUUCCUACAGCGCGUGCCCACCCGUGCAGAACCCCCAGGGCGCACUCCCCCCCAAGGCACACUUGGUGGUGGAGAAGCCCCUCGUGUCCCCACCGCCCUCCGACCUCCAAAGCCACCUAGGCACAGAGGUGAUGGUGGAGACGGCUGACGCCUUCCAGGAGGUCCUCUCCCUGACGGAAAGCCCCGUUCCCCAGCGGACAGAGAAAUUCGGCAAGAAGAGCCGUAAGCGCCUGGACAGCCGAGCCGAGGAAGGAAACGUCCAGGCUAUCACUGAGGGCAAAGUGAAGAAGGAAGCACGGACUUUGAGUGACUUUAAUUCCCUCAUCUCCAGCCCCCGCCUGGGGAGAGAGAAGAAGAAAGUGAAGAGUCAGAAAGAGCAGCUGAAAUCGAAGAAGUUGAAUAAGACCAGUGAGUUCCAGGACAGCUCGGAGAGCGAGGCGGAGCUGUUUAUCAGCGGGGACGAGCUCAUGAACCAGAGCCAGGGCAGCAAGAAGGGCUGGAAGAGCAAGCGCAGCCUCAGGACAGCCGGCGAGCUGGAGGACUUCAAGUGCCGGAAGGCCAGCGAGAAGGACGACGGGCGGCUGGGCAGCCAAGGCUUCGUGUACGUCAUGGCCAACAAGCAGCCUCUCUGGAACGAGGCCACCCAGGUGUACCAGCUGGAUUUCGGGGGACGGGUGACCCAGGAGUCAGCUAAGAACUUCCAGAUCGAGCUGGAGGGGCGGCAGGUGAUGCAGUUUGGGAGGAUCGACGGCAGCGCGUACAUUCUGGACUUCCAGUACCCCUUCUCCGCCGUGCAGGCCUUUGCAGUCGCCCUGGCCAACGUGACACAGCGCCUCAAGUGACAAGACUGGUGUGGGAGGAGAAAGAGAGGCCGAGGAGCCUUUUCAGAGGGGUGUGAUCGCAGAUGCUGCAGCAGCCCGCCUGGGCCCGGUGCCUGGGGGACCAGAAGACGAGCAAACUGGAACAGUCUGUCAGGCCCAGGAGAGGACACUGACCUUCACCGUUGUCAUUUGUUGGGGCUUUUAUUAUCUUCACUGUCUUUCUUUUCUUCUUCCUUUUAAACAACAACAAAAAAUACAGGAGAGUGGUAUUUGGAAGCAAAGGUGCCAGGCACCCGAAGUUUUUUAGGAAGCGUAAUUGCUUGUAAGGUUGUACUGGGUCAGCUGCGGACAGGGGGCCCCUGAGAAGGAAGAGGCACUGCCUUCUAGCUGCUCUUCUUUUAGACAGAAGGAGUAUGCAAUAUUUUCAUUCUCCACAACAUCACCACUAGUGUACAAACAAGAAACUUUUUGUAAAAAACACAACCAAAAAUCCUGAAGGUACAGGUUCUCUUGGGGGGGACAACAUUUACUUCACACAUAUUAUGUUACUCCUUCCAAAGUGACUUGAUUGAUGAAGGGUAUUUUGGCACAUGCCCUGUUUGACUAAUAAAAGGAGGCUCUUAGGGGGUGCUAUUACCAGGUUUGAAUACGAUUUGCUCCUGAUAUGUAGGGGGAGGGAUGACGGGCGAGGAAGGAACUCCUGCACACAUGCACGUGGGUGAUUUACGUAGAGGGACUUGAAAUAGUACAAGGGCUACGCUCCUCUCGGGAGGAUGUUUACAUUGAAGUCCCCACUAGUUUUAUAAUCUGUCACAAUUCCAUAGGUUCAGUAUGAUUGACUCGAGGAGAAGGUAAGAGACAAAAGUGGAAAGACCCGAGCCUGCGGUGGGGGCCGCAGUUUUCUCAGCUAGCGCCUGGGUGAGUCACUGGGUUCCCACUCGCUGAGAAGUUACAUUUAUUCCCUCUCUCCUUUUAUUGUUGAUAAAUAGCCUAUUUAUCUGGAAGAUGUGACAGUAGACAUUAUCUUUCCCAUUAGACAAUACUGUUCUACACUUUCUCUUUCUAAAAAUGCUGAUGAUACUGAUUUGAAAGCACUCAUUUCGUCUUCUGAGCUACAUUAAAGUUCAGUGGCCUAGAAAUGUUUUUCACCUGAUUAGAAAUGUAACCGAAAAGUUGUAAGCAUUUGCCAGGGUAUUAAGAGAGAGAGUUUAAGUCAACUCUCUCACAGAAGUUCCACAAUCUAGGGAAAAAGUUGCUUAUUAAUUGUACAGACUGUUUACAGAGGAGAUAAACCACUGAGAGAACAUAGUUAAAAUUAGAGUAUUUAAGGUAGUUGGUUUAUUGUUCUUUGUUAAUUGCAGAAAAUCCACUGAGAUGAUCUUUUGUCCCCCCACCCCCUCCUCAGGGGACACCCAGAACAAGACCCAGUUCCUGAUGUUCAGCCGCUCAUGUCUGUCAUGUUGUUUAGGGCACGAGCACAAGAACUGUCUGCUGGCUUGGGGUCCUCCAUUUGGAUUUUGUUUGAAAACAGACGUGGAAGAUACUACAGAGAAGUAGUUUCAAAAAAAAAAAAAUUUUUUUUAUUUUUAGUUCCCCGUUUUGGUUUAAAAAUUGCAAAAGAAAGCGGCUCAUUCCUUUCCCAGAGCAAAAUGACAUCCAUCCACCACCAUUCUCUCUAGCCCCCAGAGAAACAUAGAUGAGGUUUUUAAAUAUGGUAAAGGUCACUUCCCAGCUAAUACCAGAAUUUCCCAUCUUAUAUUUUAAAAUAUUGGACCUGAUUCUUUGGUGGGUAAAUUCUUCCAGAAAGAAUUUAGUAAUGUAUUCAGAAUUAUAUAGUUCUUUUAUGUGAGUUUCUGUAGUUUGAUACGAUGUUUCAGUGCUUAUUAUUAGUUGUGCAAUAUGGUUAUAGCCUAUUUCUAAAAUAAUUUAAAUGCAAUUCCCUGUUUUAUUGUCCAAGAGAUAAUAAUUUAUGUUGCUUUAAUAGUGUCCUUAGGAGUUACUUUGUUGCCGUGUACUGGUGAGUUGUGCCCAUUUUAUUAUUUAUUUAGAAAAAUAGUACCUUUGUAACGACUUACUUCGUAGCAGUAUAUUUUGCUGCAAGAAAUAAAGAGGAUAUGAUAGAAGGGUUUUUUGCUGGACAGUUUGUAACUUUUUCUAAUUGGGAAAACAUUUCUAUUAAUCCUUUAAAAGUAAAUUGUUUUGCAUUUUGUGUUGUUGAUUAUAUACACAGGAGAAGAUCUCUUUGAGAUAAUAUAUCCUAAAAUAACAUUUUCCCUCCUUUUUAAAAUUUUAUUUUUAAUUAAAAAUAAAAGGUGAUAUGAAGUAAGAGGAAACUUAAAAUGAGAGUAGCAAAGGCAGGAAUUAUGAAUAGUAAGUUUCAGUUUUUAAAGUUCUGAUUGCUUUUUGAGAUAUAAAGACCAUGAAAGGGUCUUUUCAAACUUUUCUUAACAAGAGUAAACAUGGGGGAAAUCCUGGUAAUAAAAACUACAAAUACAUGUGUGAAGAGAAAGUGAGUAUUUGUAGCAAAUAAUUAAAUAAACUUCCUGAAUUCUUAGCUCAUUCCCCAAAAGGGACUUUCCCCACAUGGAGACAAAGGUGUCUGUCGGUCAUGGGUGUUUUGCACACAGGUGAGGGAGCCUCUCAGUGAGCAGCCGCCCGUCUGCUCGCCCCACCCCACCCCCGGCAAGGGAGGAGGUAAUUUCUGGUGCCAAACCCACUUACACAGAUGUCUGCACAGUUGUGCCACAGUGUCUUUUAAGUUAAUGGUGAUGCUUUUACUUAUUGUAAAAGUUAUUUUCAUUCGGUCAGCUCGAUUUGUUAAAUACUACUAAAUUCAGUACUUCAACCAGCAGAAUUAUACAUACUUCAGUUUAUGAAUAGCAAUUUAUGAAUAUUAAGGUACUUUAGUGAAUCUCUAAAUUUAAAAACAUUAGUCCAGUAAAUAGUCAACUGUGUAAAGAAUCCAUGCCUUUUUGAGGGAACCAGUAUAUUAACAAACAUAAAAACCAAUUUUACGUUUGUUUUAACUUUAACCUCAUCAAACCAAAGACACAAAUUUGUGUACCGUAUACCCAUUGAAUGUAUAUCCUGACAAAACUGGCACCAAGGAAGCAGAAAAUGUCAAAAGUCCACUGGCAGUUUAAGUAAGUCAAGGUUUUCAGGUUAGUUAGUGGUUUUCAUGCACGGCCAUUCAUUGCUCCCUUGCCACGUGUCCCACGGGGACUUGCAAACCCAUGUCUGUUCAUCUUGUAAUCUUAGCAGAAAAUCAGGAGAUCCAGGAGCCAACCUGCUCUGCCACAGAGUUGGGCCUCCAUUUGUCCCUUUGUAACAUGAAAGGAAUGACCUGGACAAUCUUCUAAACUCCCGUCCAGCUCUAAGAGCCUGAGGGCUCAAAAUGUGACAGUUUCAUCAUUCCACUUCACAAACUUGGAAGGUAUGUUUUACAACAUUGCCUUUUUGUAGAGAAAUGUUUCUUUUCCUGUGUUAAUGAGAUACCUACUGAAUGUAAAUCAGGGCAUUUAAAAUACUAUCUCUAGAAGAUUCACCUCCAGAAACAAAUGCAUCUGGAAUUGUGCUUGUUCUCAUAAAAUUACACAACAGCACCAAUUCCAGGUAAGACCAGGAGCCUCCCCACGAGUACUCCCUGCUCAGGGGCUGCCCUUGAGAGCAGCCCUAAGA